GUCUAUUUCCGGGCCCGCUAUUUUUUUUUUUUUUUUAAUACUUUAAGCACAAUAAAAUGGCGACGUCUCUGGGAUCCAACACGUACAAUCGGCAGAACUGGGAGGAUGCGGAUUUCCCUAUUUUGUGCCAGACCUGUCUUGGAGAAAACCCCUAUAUCCGAAUGACCAAAGAAAAAUAUGGAAAAGAAUGCAAGAUCUGUGCCAGGCCGUUCACAGUUUUUCGUUGGUGCCCUGGUGUUCGUAUGCGCUUUAAGAAGACUGAAGUGUGCCAAACAUGCAGCAAGCUGAAGAAUGUUUGUCAGACUUGCCUUCUUGACUUGGAAUAUGGUUUACCUAUUCAGGUUCGUGAUGCUGGACUCUCACUUAAAGAUGAUAUGCCCAAGUCUGAUGUUAAUAAAGAAUAUUACACCCAAAAUAUGGAAAGAGAGAUCAUGAAUUCAGAUGGCACUCGACCUGUCGGCGCUCUUGGAAAGGCAACAUCUACCAGUGACAUGCUGCUAAAAUUGGCUCGGACCACCCCUUACUACAAGCGCAAUCGCCCUCAUAUUUGUUCAUUCUGGGUGAAAGGAGAAUGUAAAAGGGGAGAAGAGUGUCCUUACAGACAUGAAAAACCUACAGAUCCGGAUGAUCCCCUUGCAGAUCAGAACAUUAAAGAUCGCUACUAUGGUAUAAAUGAUCCUGUGGCUGACAAGCUCCUCAAGCGAGCUUCUACCAUGCCUCGUCUAGAUCCCCCUGAUGACAAGACCAUUACAACCCUGUAUGUCGGUGGUCUAGGCGAUACUAUCACGGAGUCUGAUCUUAGGAAUCACUUCUAUCAGUUUGGUGAGAUUCGGACAAUAACAGUGGUCCAGAGGCAGCAGUGUGCAUUUAUCCAAUUUGCUACCCGACAAGCCGCAGAAGUAGCAGCAGAAAAAUCCUUCAACAAACUCAUUGUGAACGGCCGCAGGCUUAAUGUGAAGUGGGGCAGAUCUCAAGCAGCCAGGGGGAAAGAAAAGGAACGAGAAGGGACUACAGAAUCUGGUCUAAAACUGGAACCAGUUCCUGGUCUACCUGGAGCUCUUCCACCUCCUCCUGCAGCAGAAGAGGAAGCGGCUUCUGCAAAUUACUUCAAUCUAUCUCCCAGUGGCCCUCCAGCUGUUGUAAACAUUGCCCUUCCGCCACCACCUGGCAUCGCACCGCCGCCACCACCAGGUAAUUAUUAAUUCUGAUCCUUGGAGAAGCAGAUGCUUGAUUACUGUUCUUUAAACAAAUAGAAUAGCAUAUU